UACCACAUUUAUUAUCAUACUUUUCCUCCACAUUUUCCUUUGCCACCACCAUUCCUUCUCCUUCUUCUCUCCCAAAUUUCUACAUAUAUCUCUGCGUAUAACUGUCUCUAUAUUACGGUAAACAAGAGAUAUGAGUGAGGACGAAGAGUGGGUAAAAACGGCGAUGAUUGAUGACUUGAUGGUGGUGGAGCUCCUUAUGCGGCUAAACCAAUCUCAACAUCCGCCGCCUCCGCCGUCGGGGGAGAUUAAGCAGCUUAAGUGGAGCGUCCGUCAACGCCGGUCCAGACCUGCCACAGUUAAGCCGGCUACCAGAGCCAGCCCUACGACGCCACUGUCAUGGAGCGGUGGUGCCACCUCUCUCAGUGGCGGCUCUGGUGGCCGUGACGAAUCCAGUCAUUCUCCUCCCAAACUCUCUCACCAUGAAAGAUCUAAGAUUAAUAAUAGUAGUGAAAAAUCAGCCAUCAAGAGAUCAAGAAAGAAGAAGAACUUAACUGAACUGAAAGAAGAGGUGGACUUGCUGAGUAAGGAAAGGAGAGAAUUGAAGAGGGAAAUAUCAGCUUUACGAGUCAAUCUGGAGAAACAAAGGGUUACUAAUGUAAGCUUGAAGAAAAUGAAGAUGGAAUUGCAACCACUUAUGGAACAAGGAACAACAGCUCUGUCUGAGACAACAGUUUCUGGCCGAGUUCAGGAAAACAUUGCAUCUUGUCAACCAAUCAUUCCUAUUACACCGUCCCCAAUUAUCUCCAAAAACAUUGAUGGGCUGCAAUUCCCUGCAUCAGACGACUCUCCUGAAACAAAGGCAGUUGCGGCUGCCGAGGGUAAAUUCAUGCUUCCAGAUCUAAAUAUCACAUUCGACGAGGAAUCUGGAUAUGAAGUCAGCUAGUGGAAAGUCUCCUCACGAGUUAGACAAAUAUAACCAACUACACCUAUACUUAGUAAGGGAUAGUCUUGCAUUCUAGGAUGAAAUAUUGUAACUGUAUUAUAGGGAACUAAUUAGCCUCUCAAGGAUCUAUUCUUUUCGUUAAUUUCAUGAAGUUGCUGAGGAUUAGUGUAAAAAUCCUAAUUAGAUACAGCCAUAUUCUCCUCAUAGCUUUAAACUAGUCCAGUUCAUUUGGGCGAUUCAACAUUCCUUGUAUUUUCUUUCCGGGAAUGUGUGGGUGUAAUCCAUCUUGUGCUACAGUUUUUAGAUGUAUGGUAAACAAUGAGUCUUAUUUCCAAGGA